GAGCAGCCUCAGUGUACUCAGGAGUGUUCACACAGAUCUUUAGAGAGGAGAGAGGGCUGUACCAGGACAAGGUGUUCUGCUUCGUCCAUCUGAGUGUUCAGGAGUUUCUGGCUGCUCUUCAUGUUCAUCAGACCUUCAUCAACUCUGGUGUCAACCUGAUGAAAGAAACACAAACGUCUAAGAAGUCUUCAUUAUUUAAUAAACCCAAACUAAAGUCUCUCCAUCAGAGAGCUGUUGACAAGGCCUUACAGAGUCCAAAUGGACACCUGGACUUGUUCCUCCGUUUCCUCCUGGGACUUGCACUGCAGACCAAUCAGAGACUUCUACAAGGUCUGAUGACACAGACAGGAAGUAGAUCACAGACAAAUCAGAAAACAGUUCAGUACAUCAAGAAGAAGAUCAGUGAGAAUGUGUCUGCAGAGAAAAGCAUCAAUCUGUUCCACUGUCUGAAUGAACUGAAUGAUCGUUCUCUAGUGGAGGAGAUCCAACAGUCUCUGAGUUCAGGAAGUCUCUCCMCAGAUAAAYUGUCUCCUGCUCAGUGGUCAGCUCUGGUCUUCAUCUUAGUGUCAUCAGGAAAAGAUCUGGAUGUGUUUGACCUGAAGAAAUACUCUGCUUCAGAGGAGGCUCUUCUGAGGCUGCUGUCAGUGGUUAAAGCCUCCAACAAAGCUCUAUUGAGUGACUGUAACCUCUCGGAAAGAAGCUGUGAAGCUCUGUCCUUAGUUCUCAGCUCCCAGUCCUCCAGUCUCAGAGAACUGGACCUGAGUAACAACAACGUGCAGGAUUCAGGAGUGAAGCUUCUCUCUGCUGGACUGAAGAGUCCAAACUACAACCUGGAAAUUCUCAGACUGAGUGGCUGUAACCUCUCAGAGAGAAGCUGUGAAGCUCUGUCCUCAAUUCUCAGCUCCCAGUCCUCCUGUCUCAGAGAACUGAACCUGAGUAACAACAACCUGCAGGAUUCAGGAGUGAAGCUUCUCUCUGCUGGACUGAAGAGUCCAAACUGCAACCUGGAGACUCUCAACUUAUCAGGCUGUUUGGUCUCAGAGGAAGGCUGUGCUUCUCUGGCCUCAGCUCUGACCUUUAACCCCUCCCAUCUGAAAGAGUUGGACCUGAGCUACAAUCACCCAGGAGACUCAGAAGUGAAGCUGCUGUCGGCUGGACUGAAGGAUCCAGACUGGAGACUGGAAGCUCUCAGGGUGGAACCUGCUGGACGCCGAUUCUUGACACCAGGUCUGAGGAAGUAUUCCUGUCAACUCACCAUCGACACAAACACAGUGAGCAGAAACCUCAAACUGUCGGAAGACAACAGGAAGGUGACAUUUGAGGAGGAGCUUCAGUCAUAUCCUGAUCAUCCAGACAGAUUUGAUCCUCCUCAGUUGCUGUGUAGAACUGGUCUGACUGGUCGCUGUUACUGGGAGGUUGAGUGGAGAGGAUAUGUUGAGAUAUCGGUAAGUUACAAAAGAAUCGGAAGGAAAGGAGACAGUAAAGACUGUUGGUUUGGAGGGAAUGAUCAUUCCUGGAGUCUGAGAUGCUCUGAUUAUAAAGGUUACUCUGUCUGGAACAAUAACAUAGAAACUCGUCUCUUCUCCUCUAUAUUUAAGAGAGUAGCAGUGUAUGUGGACUGUCCUGCUGGCAUUCUGUCCUUCUACAGAGUCUCCUCUGACUCACUGAUCCACCUCCACACCUUCAACACCACAUUCACUGAACCUCUGAUUCCUGGAUUUGGGUUCUGGCUCACUUAUGGUUCCUCAGUGUUUCUUUGCUGAGUUGAGUCUUAAGAGUUUCCUCCUGUCGUAGAAACUCUCACUGUUGAAUAGAUAGUUCAGUCUGACUACAUGUCUGACUCUCACUCAGAAACACGUUUCCAGAUUCAUGAAUUCAAUCUGUUUCUUGAUUAAACUAUUCUAAGUUGUUCCCUGGAAACUUCCUUUUCUUAAACAUGGAACUGGAUUAUUCCGGGAUUGUUCCAGAAUCAUCCCAUUAAUAUUUCAGUUAUUCUGGGAGCAUUCACAGAUCCACAUGUUGUUUUUCUGUCUGAUUCCAGUCAAAACUUCACAUUGAAUAUCAUGAUAAUUUUUCUCUUUUUCUUUUCCUUUCAUUCAUCAAAUUUCAUUGAAAUUUUAAGUUUUUCUCAAUCAUUGAACAUUUCCCGUUUCUGUCAGUUCCUAUUUUUCUGAACAUGUCUUGUACUUUUUCUACCUUACUGCUAAAUGAAUGCAAGUUAUUUGUAUUUGAUUCACUAUGUUCUGUUAUUCUGCUCAAAUUUCAACAAAGCUGGGGUUUUUUUUUCAAUUUCGACUUUCAGAACGUCCAAAUCAAAUUUUAUUUGUAUAUCAGAUUUCAGCAGUGCUUUACAUCAUUAAACACAAAAACAGUCAUGCAACAUUGAAUAAACAAUCAAAAACAUUACAUUUCCCACCGAGUCAAAGUUCUGCCCCUCAAAUCUGCAGAAAAAAAAGAAACAGCGGGAGGGGACUCCAACCCGCACCCCUUUCAACAAUGGGGGGACUCCAACCCAACCCCCUUUUCAAACAACAGGGGGACUCCAACCCACACCCCUUUUCAAACAGGGGGACUCCAACCCACACCCCUUUCAAAACAACGGGGGGGACUCCAACCCACACCUCUUUUAAAACAACAGGGGGACUGCAACCCACACCUGUUUUCAAACAAUGGGGUGGACUCCAACCCACACCCCUUUUUAAACAACGGGGGGAAUCCAACCCACACCCCUUUUAAAACAAUGGGGGGACUCCAACCCACAGCCCUUUUCAAACAACAGGGGGGGGACUCCAACCCUGCACCCCUUAUCAACUACAGGGGGACUCCAACCCUGCAUCCCUUUUCAAAGUAUUGGGGGACUCCAACCCACACCCCUUUUCAAACAAUGGGAAGGGGGACUCCAACCCACACCCCUUUUCAAACAACAGGGGGACUCCAACCUGCAGUCCUUUUCAAACAACAGGGGGACUCCAACCCUGCACCCCUUUUCUCCCUAGCGCUUGAACCCGGGUUUGGAUUCAAAUCCUAAUUGUUUAAGUUCCAUAAGCAACUCUAAACAGGUGGGUUUUAAGUCGAGACUUAAAGGCUCUCAGUGAUUCAGCUGUUUUACAGUUUUCUGGAAGUUUGUUCCAAACUUGUGGUGCAUAGAAUCAUAUGAGAGAUAGAAUGAUGCUUAUCCUCGUUUGGUUCUGGUUGUGGGGAUGCAGACCAGAAGACCUGAGGGGUCUUGAUGGUUGGUACAGCAACAACAGA